AUGGGUUUCUAUCGUAAUAAUUCAGUUUUUGAAUUUUUUGAUAGAAUAUUCAAGAAACCUGCAGAUUUAUUAAUGUGGAUGUUCACUGGCAUAAUAAUAACUAGCACUUUUCUUCUCUUAUUGCCAAGCUAUUCGUAUAACGGCUUAAAUAAGAAGAAGAAAUAA